UUGGUAGAUCUGGAUCCAGAUCCAGAGCCCAGAGUGGAGGGUGCAGGCCAGGCCGGGCCCGUGCCUCAGGGAGGGGGCAGCUCCACCUCAGGCAGGGGCCAUGAUGGCAUCUCCCGGCUUCGCAGCUCCUCGCUGGAAAUCAGAGAAAAGGAAAUCAGGGAGAAGGGCUCUGAAAUCCUUAGGGAACAGCUGGAUGCCGCUAAAAAGGAGUUGAAGCUGAAAGAUAAGGAGUGUGAGCGUCUGUCGCAGGUCAGGGAUCAGCUGGAGCAGGAGCUGGAGGAGCUGACUGCCAGUCUGUUUGAGGAAGCUCACAAGAUGGUACGUGAAGCUAAUGUCAAACAAGCAGCAGCGGAGAAACAACUAAAGGAGGCUCAGGGGAAGAUUGAUGUCCUGCAAGCGGAAGUGACAGCGCUCAAGACUCUGGUGUUGACCUCAACUCCGUCCUCACCAAACCGCCAACUCCAUCCGCAGCUGCAGUCUCCAAGUACCAGGGGGUCGCACAAACAUGGCGGGGGCCACAUCCGCAACAAGAGCGCCAGUGGUGCUCUUCCACCCACGCCUGCGAGGCUCGAGCAAUCCUCCGUCAACAGUCAGCCAGUGGCCAAAGAGGAUCGAGAGAUGGACACAGUUCUCUAUGCAGAAUUUUUGAUGUGGAAGGAGCAGCCGAGUCUGGACCGCACCUCGGCCUUCCUGAGCCGCAUCUACAGGGAGGACAUCGGGCCCUGCCUCUCCUUCACAAGAUCUGAGCUGUCCCAGUCGGUGCAGAGUGCAGUGGAGAAGAACUCUCUGACCAUCGAGCCUGUGGCCAUGUCGGCAUUACCCAUGGUCAAAGCCUCAGCUGUAGAGUGUGGAGGCCCUAAAAAGUGUGCAUUAAGCGGCAUGUCCCGGCUCUGCCGUCAUCGCAUUAAACUCGGUGACAAGGGGAGCUACUAUUACAUCUCUCCUUCCAGCCGAGCGCGGAUCACUGCUGUUUGCAAUUUUUUUACUUAUAUCCGCUACAUCCAGCAGGGCCUGGUGAGACAUGAUGCGGAGCAGAUGUUCUGGGAGGUGAUGCGUCUCCGCAGGGAGAUGACGGUGGCCAAGUUGGGCUUCUACCUCACUGACCAGGGCUAGAGGAGCGGACCUGACAAUCCACACAAGCACCCAGAGCACCAACAUGUCCCCAUGACCCCACAAACUUGAUCAUUUGGACAAGUGUGGGUUUAACUGUGGUAACAUACAGGUCUUGGAUCCAGGACUGCUUUUUUUGGAUAUACUGCAUCACUGCUGUAGUAGAGGUCGGCUAACAAGGGAAACAGAAAAUGCGAUUUGUGCCAUUUUUGGCUAUGCAGUAAGACAAUUAGAGUUUAUCCAGCCACUCCUAGAAAGAAGUAAAAAUAUCUUAUUUUGGAGGACAGAUUGUUAACCCUGAGUACAUGAGGUAUGUUUUUGCAUAUCAUGCAGGGCACGGAGCAAACUACAGUCCUCCAGUCAUUCCCACAGCAAGCAUGCAGGAUUAUAUUAUUCUUUAUGUCGACUGACAGAAUAGAUUCCUCGUAUCUUAAGGCAGGCCUUAGUCUAUAAAAAUGCUGAGCACAGCACAAGGAUAGUUGAUCUCUUACCUCAAGUAUUGCAUGCUUCCAUAAUUAUGUAUGUGACAGAAGUUUACUGGGUUGGUUGUUUGGUUGUAUCCAUGUGGUAUCCACAGAGCAGUGAUUUGGGAAGAUUUUUCUUUUCUUUUUAGAUGAACAACAUAUUUGCCAGUAUCAUUAAAUUACUUGCAAGUGUUUUCACCUCAUGAGCACUAUAGCCAAGAAGUUUAGUCUGCAUGGCCUUCAUUUUGUUGAUACACUCUUGUAUUACAUAUUCUAGAUGCCUUACAUGGUCCACACAACUGAAGCACCUGCAUUUGGGUAUGGAAAUAGCUUCCACAUUCUUACAUCUUGGAAAAAAAAAAAAAAAAAAAAACAGCUUCAUGAUAGACUGGUCUGUACUAUCUAAUCGAAUACAUUGUUAAUCAAGUAGGCAUUGCAGUCCCACACUUAAAAUAGUGAAUGUUUUGCUAUAUAGUUGGAAUUUGAACAAGCUUUAAUACAAGUGAAACGAUUGCAAUAUGCACAACUGUUACAACUGUAGCUUUGCACCUCUGCAAUCCACAGUAUGUACAUAUAAGCCAUAAAUGACUUUGCAUGAAUGCAGUACAUAGCCAUAAUAUGCAAUGUAUAUUCCUUGUUUUACCUCAUAGUAUAGUUUUGAUAGUAGCUAAUUUUUACACACACGGUCUUCGAAGGUAAAAAUGAAGAAUAUUGAGUGA